AUGCUGCAGUCGGGCUGGCUGCGGCGGGCUAUUGCAGAGGGGACGGUCGGCGUCCAUGGCCUGCGCACCCCCUUCCGCGGCGGCACCGUGCGCGACCUCUCCCUCAAGGUCCUCGACAUCGCGCGCGGCGGCCUCGAGCGCCGCGGCCACGACGAGGCCAGCUUCCUAAAGAGCCUGCAGGUCAUCGCGGAGAGCGGCAAGACGCCGGCGGACGCGCUGCUGGAGUUGUACGAGGGCAAGUGGGGCCGCAGCGUGGACCCCUAUUACGACGAGCUGCAGUACUGA